GUGCCUUUUCUCGUUCUCUUCCUUCCUUUGCUUCCGUCCUUCCUUUCUUUCGCUUUCACUUGGAUAGACUGAAAGACCACAGGAUGGUCUGGAAGCAGUGCAAACACGUCUUCGACGGGCCAAAGCACUACAUGAACAACUUGCCAAUUACUUCAAGGAACGCGCGCACAUUGAGGACAUGUAUGCCAAAAAUAUCACGAAAGCAUUCCAAAAACAUUUUGUCACCGACACUCAGGCACUAGGAACGUUCACUGCACCUUGGGAAAAGUUAAAUGCAGAGACUUCGGAGCUAGCCAGUUUGCAUAAUCAAUUCUCGCUCCGAAUCACAAAUGAGAUUGAACGGCCACUGCGAGAAUUCACAAAGACCCAUUCAGAAUGGCAGCAUUUGACUAUGGCUGAAGCAAGUUGCAUGCGGAUCGCAAAAGAAUUUGAUGAGAAGCAAGCCAAGGUUGCAAAGUACAAAAAGACUCUUGAAAAGGUCUCUGGAAAGAAAGGAGAGGCCGCAGAGCAAAAGUUAAUAGAGUACAGUAUGCAACUCGAAAGCACAAAGACUGCAUGGCGUAUGGAAGGUCCCGAGCUUUUACAGAAAUGCCAAUCAGUGGAUCAGAGUCGGUUAGAGCAUUUGAAGCAGAUGGUCUCUGCAUUUGAGGCCAUCCAGACAGAAAUUGUUCUUCAGAUUGCAGAAAUGUCUGGACGCACAUCAACAUCGGUUGCAGAGUUUGAGCCAGUCAUGGAUAUGGAACUCUUUUCAUCUGAAGCCUCUUCCAACAUGCAUUCACUUUCUGUACGUGAUGGUGGAUCUAUCACCUCUGGCAUUUCAUAUCCAGGCAAUGGCGAUGCUUCAAGCAUCGAACCACGUCGAUCCAAUGGAACGCAUAAGCGGGGCAUGACAGGAGGCAGCCAAUUGAGUAAUGUAUCGUUUUCUACAGAUAUCUCAGUACCAAAGUCAAAGGCUGCCAGCAUGGUCGACAUUCAGGAACAUACACGCACAGGAUCCAAUAUUCUCGGAAGCACAGGUGAAGCUCCUCAGGUAGACUCGGAGGGAUUCUCUAUCCCUCCUCCAGAUCAUGGGCCUUGGUCGGAUGCAGGCAUGAGCAGUAACUGUGAUGAUGAACGCUCUGAAACUAGCAGUUUUUCACAAGGACCCAGGAUGCAGAUGGAAAUUAAGCAUGAUACUGUCAACGAGAGCAAUGACGAGGUUCGUGCUGCUCUCGAAAGAGUCACCUCUACUCUGAAGCAGAGCAAGACUGUUGUCCGACGACAUCCAGGAAGAAGAGAGGUCAGGAGCAUGUACCAGUCAGAGGACUCGCUCUCUGGCCUGAACAAUUCGUUUCAAUCCCCACCUCUGUCAGGCGCGUUCGCAUCCGAUCGAGAUGGUUCAUCCACGCCCCACUCCUUGAGCUCGCCAUCAUCACGAGUCUUGUUCAAUUCAUCUUCAUCGCAUCUUCAACCAAGUGCUGCUUUCACUCCAGGAAUGUCGCGCGCAAACACAUUGAGCCUGUCAUCAGGAUUAAAUAAUAACAGUUCUAUUCCACCUACGCCUCCGUUGCCACUCAUUAAUGGAUCUGGAUUGGUAGUGCCAUCAUCACUAGCUCCAGUAACAUCUUCAGGGACUGGACAACAGCCUCCUACAAGUGACCAAGAGUCCUUCCAUCCUAUGGGGACCUCUGCGCCUACAUCACCAAUCGCAGCAACGCAUGCGAAUGGGGGGUCGGUGCCAGGAGCUGGUCAAGAACGGACAUGGAUAGUCUCUGUGGUUGAGAAAGUGCAUGCCCAUACUCAAGCAGGAGAAGUAGUGAAGAUUUUGGUAACAGGAGAGGUGAUUUUGAAUCAAGAAGGCACUGAAGUCAAUGAGGGACAACCCACAAAGGCAUUGUUACGACUCGAUCAUUUGCAGACAUUGGAGAGAUACAUUCCUAAUCAGACGUACCUGACAGCUGUAGAGGGGGCUGAAGGAUCGUUCUGGGUCGACUUAGAGGCAUUAACGCAGGCACUUGUGCAGGGACAAGGGGUUGCAGUGUUAAAAUACCAAGUCCGGACCACAGAGGAGGAAGCCAGGACGAUGAUUCCAUUAAUAGUACAACCAGCAUGGAGGAUUGAGCCAAAACAGACUUCACUAUUGGUCAAUUAUAAGGUUAAUAUGCAAUGCAGAUUGAUCCAACCUACACCAUUACCAUCAUUAGAAGAGCAGGAAGGAACUGGAGAUAAUAGUAAUAACAGCAAUAACAAUGACAACAAUACUCCAGCUCAAUUGAGUGAGCUUUCAUUCUUGGUACCAGUGACAGGGGAGGUAUUGAAUGCACAAUCUAGGCCAGGAGGUAUUUGGAAUAAGGAUUCAGGGAAGAUGUUGUGGGAUGUGGAUAAUAUUGUGAUGAGUAGUACAUCGCUGGAGCCUCACAAGUUGAUGGCAAGAUUUGAGAUGAAUCCAUCAGGGGCAGCAAGCCAGCCGAACCCGGCAGCUGUCAAGUUUAGAGUACAAGGCAGGCUGUUAUCGGAUGUGAAAGUUCAUCUGACAAGAGCGCCUUUAGAACAGGGACAAGAACAAGAACAAGAACAAGAACAAGGAGGACAGAAACAGGAGAAAGAAAAAGAAGACAGUGCGCUAGGAUCAAUUAGGCUGCAGGUUCAGUCUGGUCGGUACCUGGCCAUGGCAUAAUCCGUGAUUUCUUUGUUUUUCAGUGCAUUUCUGAAG